AUGCUUCAUAUUCUUCUACUUUUUGCUGUUUUUGGGACAACAUGGAAAGCAGUUGAUGGUCAACUUAGAUUAUGUGAGGCUGAAGGUUCAUGUCGUCAUUGUGCAGAUAGUAGAUACUCCUACUAUCGAUGUCGAAUGCAAGAUGACUGUUUCAUUGGUGAAGUUUGUGACAAUGGAUUCUGUUGUCCGAACACUUUACCCACAUUUUCACUACAGCGAGAACCUACUAGCCCUAAACCAAAAACAACAAAUUCAACAUUCGAUCCACCGGCCGAUGAGCCUUGUCCUGAUGACUCCAGAUGGUCGAGAAGAUGUUCAAGAGACGAGGAUUGUACACACCAAGAAGAACUUUGUAUCGAAGGAAAAUGUUGCAAAAGUGAGUGUACUUUUAUUUGA